AUGGAGGAGCGGCGACUCCACAUGUACCAGAGGUCCAUGUCCCUCCCCGUCCCAUCCUGGCGGCUGCCUUUCCUCCCGACACUGGUGGAGCGUGAUGGAGGGGAAGAAGAAGCGACCCUGGAUGAGGAGAUGGAAAAAGUCUUCUCGGAGACAUCCUUGGAAGGGAAAUUUGACUUGGCCACCGUUACUCAUGAGGAUCUCUCCCCACAUUCUAGAAGAUUUUCUGAAAAUGACUACAGCUUUCAUCGUGAAAAAGCCUACCCUCAUAUGCAUGCACCCUUAAAAGCUAUUCAUCCAAAGAGAAAACGAGCUAUCUCUUGUAGGCCUCCUACAGAAGGUGAAAUUGAGGCUACUACCAUGUUAAGGAAAAACUCUCAGGGUGGUACCGACUCUGAUACAGGACCCAGUGUCAGUGUCCCAAUCGCUGGUGGAAGUUUGGUAAUCUCCAGUCCCGAUGAUGGUUCGACAGCUGAAGAACUACCUCUGAGUGAAAGUACAGAACCCAUUAUUUCAGAAAGAGCUUCUGCUUUUGAUGGGUCCAUUCUUUCCCCAGAUCGAAGGGUACAAUUUGACAUAGGUAAACAGGCGGCAAAAGGUUCUCCUGACACUGAGGAUGGCAAAAGCCCGGAACAGACUGCUGCUGAAGAGCAAGAGGAGAGGAGAACUAGAAGAGAAGAGGAUAGAGAAGACAAAAAGAAAAGAAGGCGCCAUCACCAUCACCAUUAUCGAAAAACCAGUCUGCUGGAAGAUCCAGGAUGGAGGAAGAGGUCAGGUGCUGAGGCACUUCCUCGCAGGAUGAGUGAGGCAGUUCUCGAAGAAACAGCUAGUUUACAUGAAUUAGAUCAAGAUCAACUUGUUAGUCACCGUUUUGAUAUAUCAAAAGGCAAGAGAAGGUACAGUGUAAAGCCGAAAGAUUCUUCAAGGAAAGACUCAGCACCUUUGGUUGGACAGAAAAAAAUGUUCGACCACAGUCCUCAUGAGGUAUUUGUCCAGUUGGACGAAUUAUUUACUAAUGGAAUUGAAAGAGAGUGGAAGGAAACAGCUAGGUGGAUAAAAUAUGAAGAAGACGUGGAAGAAGGGGCUGAACGUUGGGGUCGUCCUCAUGUUGCACCUCUCUCUUUCCAUUCCCUCCUCAAUCUGCGUAGGUGCCUAGAAACAGGUGUUAUAUUACUCGAUUUGGAGGAAAGAGAACUGCCAGGAGUAGUUUACAGGGUAGUCGAGACCAUGGCUACGGACGAAUUGAUCACUGAAGGAGACAAGCCUACUGUAAUGAGGGCUCUUUUGCUGAGGCAUAGGCAUGUCUCAGACAAUGACAACAGGUUCAGGUUCAGCGUCCGUCGCAACACAGCAUCGUACACCAGCCUUCAGAAUCUCCAUGAAGACCAAAGAAAAGUAAAGUUGGUCCCGUCGGCUUCAGCUCUGGAUAAAGUUUCCGGUAAUCUGUUGCAACCCCCGCUCUUGAACCACCAUACUUCUAUUGACAUGAAAGAAGAAACUUACCUUUCUUCAACAGAAGAUUUGGCAAAGAAAUCGACAAAAGAAAGUAUUUUGAAAAGAAUUCCAGUCGGUGCAGAAGCUACUACUGUUCUCGUUGGUGCGGUCGACUUCCUUGAGCAGCCUACUAUUGCCUUUAUUCGUUUAGCUGAAGGCAUUCUUAUUCCUAGUAUUACCGAAGUCCCCAUACCUGUAAGAUUUAUGUUUAUCCUUCUCGGUCCGUGUGAAGCCGAUCUUGAUUACCAUGAAAUUGGACGAUCUAUAUCAACAUUAAUGUCUAAUCCUGAAUUCCAUUGCAUUGCUUACAAAGCAACAGUACGAAAGGAACUUCUCUCUGCCAUAAAUGAGUUCCUUAAUGCAAGUAUUGUACUUCCUCCAGGAGAUUGGGAGAGGCAGGCUCUUCUGCCAUUCCAUGAACUAAAAGCUAAAACAGAAGCCAUCAAGAGGAGACAAAGUCGAGCUCAAAGUGCUGUAGAUCAAGUAACGCAGAAGGAAGCUCUCCUAGGGGAUGGUGGCGAUGGUAGGGAUAAGAGAGAUGACCCAUUACAAAGAACAGGAAGACCUUGGGGAGGUUUGAUAAAAGAUCUAAAGAGGCGAUAUCCACACUACUGGUCUGAUCUUGUAGAAGGUUUGAAUGGCCAAUGUGUAGCUGCAGCUAUUUUUAUGUAUUUUGCUGCGUUAUCGGGUGCUAUCACAUUUGGAGGUCUGAUGGCUGAUAAGACGAACAAUCUUGUUGGAAUAUCUGAAACACUAGUUGCAACAGCUUUGGCUGGAAUAGUUUUUGCUCUCCUAUCUGGGCAACCUCUUGUUAUCAUCGGUGCUACUGGUCCUCUUCUUCUCUUUGAUGAGAGCUUGUAUACGUUUUGCACCCAAAAUGAAAUGAAUUACCUGACUAUGAGAGUAUUCAUCGGGAUCUGGCUGCUGAUCAUCGCUCUUUUCAUCAGUUUCUUUGAGGGAAGUGUGUUUGUAAAGCUGUUCACGAGGUUUACUGAAGAAAUAUUUGCCAGCCUCAUCUCAUUGCUUUAUAUCGUCGAGAGCGUCACCAAAAUGUUUAUGGUAUUCCAUCAGCAUCCUCUGAUGACGCUGGAGGAAUAUUGUGCCAUUGCAAAUGAAAGUCGGUAUUCAGUUCUUGACUACCCAGUAAUCAAUAGGCUUUCAGGAAAUGAAACCAAGAUAAAUUCAACACUUGUCCGACAGCUUCGAAGCAUUGUGAAUGAAACAUCAGUUUUAUUAAUUGAACCGUCAACUAAUAUAUCAAUUUCUACAAAUAAUACUGAAGUUGUUGUGUCUCACCCCGCCCCAGCAAAUGAGCCUAAUACUGCUCUUUUUUGUACAAUAUUGGCAUUGGGUACAUUUUUCAUUGCUUACUACUUAAGGCAUUUUAGAAACAGCAAGUUCCUUGGAAGAAGUGCUAGAAGGGCUCUCGGUGACUUUGGUGUUCCAAUAGCUAUCAUCGUUAUGGUUUUUCUCGAUUACAUCACCCCAGGAACUUACACUGAUAAACUGAAAGUUCCUGAAGGAUUGAGUCCAUCAAAUCCUGAAGUCAGAGGAUGGAUGAUCCCUCCUUCAGUCGGGAUUCCAAUAUGGGGUGCUUUCGCUGCUGUAGUACCUGCACUUCUGGUUUAUAUUCUUAUUUUUAUGGAAACCCAUAUUUCAGAGUUGAUUAUUGAUAAAAAAGAAAGGAAAUUGAAAAAAGGUUCUGGAUUUCAUGUGGAUAUAGUGCUGAUAUGCUUGUUGAACGUCGGAUGUGGCUUUAUAGGAGCACCAUGGAUGUGCGCUGCUACUGUAAGGUCUGUGACGCAUGUUGCUGCGGUAACAGUAAUGUCUCGUACCCACGCUCCUGGUGAAAAGCCACAUAUAAUUGAAGUGAAAGAACAAAGAUUGAGUGCGCUACUAGUAAGUACAUUGAUUGGACUCUCUGUACUGAUGUCACCUCUACUGAGAUUGGUACCGAUGGCAGUUCUGUUCGGCGUCUUUCUCUACAUGGGUAUAUCUUCGAUUAAUGGAAUCCAAUUUUUUGAGAGGUGUCGUCUGUUCUUUAUGCCUGUCAAACACCACCCACGCGUAUCAUAUGUCAGAAAAGUGCAAACUCUUAAGAUGCAUCUCUUCACCUUGAUUCAGCUGAUGUGUUUGGUUGUGCUAUGGAUCGUCAAAUCUUCUCAAAUUAGUCUUGCAUUUCCUUUUUUCCUAAUUCUUAUGGUCCCUUUAAGAGCCCAGAUGCGGUAUAUAUUUUCAGCCAUGGAGCUUAGAGCUUUGGAUAGUGACGAGCCAGAUGAUGGAGGUGAAGAUGAACCAGACUUCUACGCUGAAGCUCUUCUGCCUGGCUAA